ACUUCUGAUCAGAGGCUCAGCAGCGCAGAGUAGCCUUUUCAGAGGAGCGAGAAGAGGAGUGGAGAGGACGAGUGCGCGAGAGAGGGUGUCCCAUCCGUCACACUAGCUGGAGGAAUCCACACUCCAAAACGUAUGGCUGCUUGAGAAAAUAACGCUAUUUUCCCCUUCUCUCUUUCUCUGGGACCUUUGGCUACUAGUUCUCUCCUAAUCAGAAGUUGUCACAAGUAUUUUUUGAGUUGCUCUUAAAAAGUUAACACACUUUUGCCGUGGACGUCACUGGCGACCAUGGAUACACAUAUAAGAUGGAAAGUAAAACGGAGGAUAAAGGACUCGCAAAUCACUUUAGCGAUACUUCUACUUUUUGUCACAUCACAAGCCAGUUCAGUGGAGCCAGCGGACCUCUUGAAGAUUUUAGAUUUUCCCAGUUUACCUGAAGGCGUUACGAAAACGACAGGUUUCUGUGCGCAUAGGAAGUCAACAAAAGGAGCCGAUGUAGCCUACAGAGUAUCCAAAGAAGCCCAGCUCAGUGCCCCCACCAAACAGCUGUACCCUGCUGAUGUGUUUCCUGAGGACUUCUCCAUCCUGGCUACGGUGAAGCCUAAGAAGGGCUCCCAGUCCUUCCUGCUGUCUGUGUAUAACGAGCAGGGUAUCCAGCAGCUGGGGGUGGAGGUGGGACGCUCCCCUGUCUUCCUGUAUGAGGACCACACAGGCAAACCCAGCCCUGAGGACUACCCCCUCUUCAGAGGUCUCAAUCUGGCCGAUGGAAAGUGGCACCGAGUGGCCAUCAGCGUUCACAAACAGAGCAUCACCAUCAUCCUGGACUGUAAAAAGAAGACCACCCAGAAGCUGUCCAGGAGCCCACACCCCAUCAUCGACACCAAAGGAAUUGUGGUCUUCGGAACUAGAAUACUUGAUGAAGAAGUCUUUGAGGGAGACAUCCAGCAGCUGCUGAUUGUGGCGGACCACCGUGCUGCCUAUGACUACUGUGAACACUACAGCCCUGACUGUGAGGUCCCUGUCCCAGAGCAGCCCCAGGCCCAGGACCCCAACACAGACGAAUAUAACACAGAGGAGGACAGCUAUUACUAUGAGUAUCCUUACUAUGAGGACAUGGAUGGGAAGCCUUCUGAGUCCACCUCCGAGACUGAGACUGACGAAGCAGCUGGACCUGCCACGGAAGACGUAAAAGUGUCCGUGCCAGAGAGCGGCCGUGUGGUCACCUCCGUCAAAGAGUUGGUGUCAUCAGUCAGGGACACAGCCAGUCAGGGAGUCGAGGGCAAAGUGUUGACCGCCAUUUCUACCGGCAGCGCCUCCGCUGGAGCCGCUGCAGCAGGAGCCGGAGCCGCCGGCGAGGAGGCCUACGGAGAAGAGACCAGCCCUUACGACGGCUAUGAUACAGAUAGUUACGGAAACUACGAUUCAUACUACGACGAGUCCACGGCCGCGCCCGACGGCACCCGCAGAGUCACCAUCAGCAGCUCGAGCACAGGGACGGGCGCAGGGGUGGAGCUGGACUUGGGGCUGGGGUCAAAGUUUGACCUGGGCACGGGAGCAGAGAUUGAGAAGGUCAUCACCACUAGUGGAGGAGUCACCAUCACACGCAACAAGACCUCGGCUGGAACAGCCUACGAUGACAACUAUGGCGAGGGCUAUGACCUGUCUUAUGGAGAGGGAGAGGAGUACAGCAUCGGCGGCGGUGGCCACGGCAGCAGAACCAGCAGUAGCAGUAGUACUGUAGAAAUCGGUGCUGGUGGUGGUGGAUCUGUAUCGGUCGGGGGCGGUUCUGUUUCCGUUGGGGGCGGUUCCGUUUCCGUUGGGGGUGGUUCCGUCUCUGUAGGUGGAUCUGCCAGCGCCGGAGGCGGGGCGGCAAGAGCAGGAGCUGGAGCCGGGGAUUCGGUUGCUACGGGAGCCGGGGGCCAGGGUGUGGCUAUUGAGGGAGACUACACUGAUCUGGAGGGUGAUCGGUUCAAGGAGGAGUCCAUCUCUGAGUAUGGGGAUGCAGACUAUGGCUAUGGAGACCUGGACUACGAUGGACAAGAGGAGAAAGUGCUGCCGGCCGAAACAGAGUACUACGGACAGGUUGAUGGGUCUCGGGGAGAGAAGGGACAGAAGGGAGAACCUGCUAUCAUUGAGCCUGGAAUGCUGGUGGAGGGUCCGCCCGGUCCUGAAGGCCCAACAGGUCUCCCUGGACCCCCAGGUUCCUCCGGCCCCCCAGGCAGCCCCGGAGACGCAGGAGACAGGGGUCCUAAUGGUCGUGCUGGUCUUCCUGGUGCUGAUGGUCUGCCAGGACCACCAGGGACUGUCCUGAUGCUGCCUUUCCGCUUCAGUUCUGGAGGAGACUCUGGACAGAAGGGACCUCAGGUGUCUGCUCAGGAGGCCCAGAUGCAAGCCAUCAUGCAACAAGCUAGGCUGGCGAUGCGUGGUCCUACUGGCCCUAUGGGUUUGACUGGUAGAUCUGGCCCUCUGGGUUCUCCAGGUGUGGCUGGACUGAAGGGAGAUUCUGGAGAGUCCGGUCCUCAGGGACCUCGAGGACCCAUGGGUUCUCAUGGACCCUCUGGGAAGCCUGGCAGAAGGGGACGUGCUGGUUCUGAUGGAGCCAGAGGCAUGCCUGGUCAGACCGGAACCAAGGGAGACAGAGGGUUUGAUGGUUUGGCUGGACUGCCUGGUGAGAAGGGACACAGAGGUGAAGCUGGACCCCAUGGACCUCCCGGACCCACAGGAGAGGAUGGAGAGAGAGGAGACGAUGGAGAGAUCGGGCCACGGGGUCUGCCUGGUGAGCCAGGACCUCGUGGUUUGCUGGGACCAAAGGGACCUCAGGGACCUCCCGGACCCCCUGGUGUGACUGGAAUGGAUGGCCACCCUGGACCCAAAGGAAACAUUGGACCACAAGGAGAACCUGGCCCCAAUGGACAGCAAGGGAACCCUGGUGCUCAGGGACUUCCAGGUCCACAGGGAGCCAUCGGGUCCCCAGGAGAGAAGGGUCCUACUGGAAAACCAGGACUGGCAGGAAUUCCAGGAGCUGACGGACCCCCGGGUCACCCUGGCAAGGAAGGACCCAACGGAGAGAAAGGACAUUUGGGUCCUGCAGGCCCUCAAGGCCCAAUCGGUUAUCCUGGGCCCCGAGGCGUGAAGGGAGCCGACGGUGUACGAGGCCUGAAAGGAGGAAAGGGUGAAAAGGGAGAAGAUGGAUUCCCUGGCUUCAAGGGAGAUAUGGGAAUCAAGGGUGACAGGGGUGAGCUGGGACCUGCUGGACCCAGAGGAGAGGACGGACCUGAGGGGCCCAAGGGUCGCUCCGGUCUCCCUGGAGAUGCUGGCCCUCUUGGACCCAACGGUGAAAAGGGCAAACUGGGUGUUCCAGGGUUGCCAGGAUACCCAGGAAGACAAGGACCAAAGGGAUCUCAGGGUUUCCAAGGUUUCCCCGGAGCCAACGGAGAGAAAGGAACAAGGGGACUUGCAGGGAAGGCUGGCCCAAGAGGACAGAGAGGACCAACGGGACCUCGUGGAGAGAGGGGGCCAAGGGGACCAACAGGAAAAGCUGGACCAAAGGGAACCUCAGGAAGUGACGGCCCCCCAGGACCUCCCGGUGAGAGGGGUCUUCCAGGGCCUCAAGGACCUACAGGAUUCUCCGGACCAAAGGGCCCACCCGGACCUGCUGGGAAAGAUGGUCUGCCCGGACACCCUGGACAGAGAGGAGAGACUGGUUUCCAAGGCAAGACUGGCCCACCUGGACCCCCAGGAGUGGUCGGACCUCAGGGCCCCACAGGUGAGACUGGACCAAUGGGAGAGCGUGGCCAUCCCGGACCCCCAGGCCCACCCGGUGAGCAGGGUCUUCCUGGAUCUGCUGGUAAAGAGGGAGCUAAGGGUGACCCCGGUCCCGCUGGCCCGGCUGGUAAGGAUGGUCCCCCUGGUCUGAGAGGGUUCCCAGGAGAGAGAGGUCUGCCCGGCCCAGUGGGGGCUCACGGCCUGAAAGGGAGUGAAGGCCCCAACGGCCCACCUGGACCUGCUGGUUCCCCUGGUGAGCGUGGUCCUGCUGGCCCAGCCGGACCCACCGGUCUCCCUGGACGACCAGGACCUCAGGGACCCCCUGGACCCGCUGGAGAGAAGGGUGGACCGGGUGAAAAAGGACCCCAAGGCCCCGCCGGUAGAGACGGUGUCCAGGGACCUGUUGGUCUGCCCGGCCCCGCUGGACCUCUCGGACCCCCAGGAGAGGAUGGAGACAAGGGAGAGAUUGGAGAGCCAGGUCAGAAGGGAGGCAAAGGAGACAAAGGAGAGCAUGGUCCACCUGGUCCUACUGGUCCCCAAGGCCCGGUUGGAGCGCCUGGUCCUGCUGGAGCUGAUGGAGAGCCCGGUCCCAGAGGUCAGCAGGGUCUGUUUGGCCAGAAGGGAGAUGAAGGAUCCAGAGGGUUCAAUGGACCCCCAGGCCCAGUGGGACUGCAGGGAUUACCUGGUCCGGCCGGCGAGAAAGGAGAAACCGGAGAUGUUGGUCAGAUGGGUCCUCCCGGUCCCCCUGGCCCCAGAGGCCCCUCCGGACCCCCAGGAGCUGACGGCCCUCAGGGACCACCUGGUGGUAUUGGAAACCCCGGAGCUGUUGGAGAGAAGGGUGACUCAGGUGAAAACGGAGAGCCUGGUCUUCAGGGAGAACUUGGCGGACCUGGCCCAAGAGGAGAGCGAGGAGAGAAGGGAGAGGCCGGUCCUGCAGGUUCUGCUGGACCCUCCGGCCCUAAAGGUCCCCCUGGAGAUGACGGUCCUAAAGGAAGUCCUGGUCCAAGUGGUUUCCCUGGUGAUCCUGGUCCCCCUGGCGAGAUCGGACAAGCUGGUCUAGACGGUCCUCCUGGUGACAAGGGAGACGACGGAGAGGCUGGUCAACCUGGUUCUCCUGGACCCACUGGAGAGUCAGGUCCUUCUGGUCCACCAGGAAAGAGAGGCCCCCAUGGUACAACUGGACCCGAGGGCAGGCAAGGAGAGAAGGGAGCCAAGGGAGAGUCUGGUCUGGAGGGCCCACAGGGCAAGACAGGCCCCGUUGGGCCUCAGGGAGCACCUGGCAAGCAAGGUUCUGAAGGUCUCAGAGGUAUCCCUGGCCCAGUUGGGGAACAAGGUCUUCCAGGUUCCUCAGGCCCAGACGGACCCCCUGGACCCAUGGGUCCUCCAGGAUUACCAGGUUUGAAGGGAGACUCUGGCAUUAAGGGAGAAAAGGGCCACCCUGGUCUAAUUGGUCUGAUCGGGCCCCCAGGAGAGCAGGGAGAGAAGGGUGACAGAGGUCUGCCAGGCCCCCAGGGGACAUCAGGACCCAAAGGAGACAAUGGUAUUGCUGGCCCCUCAGGUCCUCUUGGUCCCCUGGGACCUCCAGGAUUACCAGGUCCUCCUGGUCCUAAAGGAGCUAAGGGGUCAUCGGGUCAAACUGGUCCCAAGGGAGAGACUGGUGUUCCUGGACAACCUGGGCCUCCUGGUCCUCCUGGGGACGUCAUCCACCCACUGCCCAUGCAGUCAAGCCCCAAGCGGAGCCGCAGGAACAUUGAUGCCAGCCAGAUGAUGGAUGAGGCCAAUGCAGAUGCCAACUACAAGGACUACGACGAUGGUAUGGAGGAGAUCUUCGGAUCCCUCAACUCCCUCAAGCUGGAGAUCGAGCAGAUGAAGCACCCGCUGGGAACACAGGGCAACCCCGCCCGCACCUGCAAGGACCUGCAGCUAUGCCACCCCGACUUCCCCGAUGGUGAAUACUGGAUCGACCCCAACCAGGGUUGCUCAAGGGACUCGUUCAAGGUUUACUGCAACUUCACAGCAGGAGGAGAGAGCUGCAUCUACCCUGAUAAGAAGUCUGAAGGGACUAGGCUCACCUCCUGGGUAAAGGAGAUCCCUGGCUCCUGGUUCAGUGAAUUCAAACGUGGUAAACUGCUCUCGUAUGUGGACGCUGAGGGAAACCCCAUUGGUGUGGUCCAGAUGACCUUCCUGCGUCUGCUGAGUGCGGCCGCCCGCCAGAACCUCACCUACAACUGCUACCAGUCGGUGGCCUGGCACGACCAGGACGGGGACUCGUACGACAAGGCCAUCCGCUUCCUGGGGUCCAACGACGAGGAGAUGUCCUACGAUAACAACCCCUACAUCAGAGCCGUGGUGGACGGCUGUGCGCUGAAAAAGGGCUAUGAAAAGACAGUACUGGAGAUCAACACACCAAAGGUGGAACAGGUGCCUUUUGUUGACAUCAUGUUCAACGAUUUCGGCGGAGCUACGCAGAAGUUUGGAUUCGAAGUGGGUCCUGUCUGUUUCAUCGGCUAAGACUGUUUACUGAACAAAAUGGAGAAAAUAAAAAGCAUCUUUGUUUUCUCAGAAACAAAACACAUGAAUAGGACAAUUUGUAUUUGUGUAAAACAUUCUGUGUCCAAAAGCAACAAGUAUGAAUAAAAUACACAAAAAUCAAGAUGAGAAUACUACAAUAAAUUUCUAGAGGAUUUGAUGUCAAAAAAAAAAAAAGAGCAACCUUGUAACCUCAGUGUGCCUUCUCCAUCACAUGAAUAAGUCAGAUACCACCGACCCCUAUCUUCACCACUGACCCCUAUCACCGAUCCCAGCGCACUUGAUGUAGAUCCAGUCUGGUUGUCCAAUGCACCGGAGGCAAACCUUUACCUGCUACUCCACUGGUUUCAGAAGGUUGCCAUGGACUCCAUCCCAUGUGGCAGGUUGCUUCUUUGUUUGUUUUUUAUCGGUUUUUGUCAUUGUUGUUUUUUGUCUCCCUCUCAAUUCCCACUUUGAAUAUUUUAUUCAUUAGUUCAUUCAUUCGCUCAUUCAUUCAUUUUGGAAGCUUUGUUUUGUGCAUAAUUGUCUCCCCAUUCUUCUGAAUGGAACUUAUAUAUAUAAAUAUUUUUUGUAUGUUUGUAAGUACUUUCUGUAUAUUUUUCCUAGUAAUGUUUAUUGUUUCUGGCUUCAAAACAUGCAUGUGACCUUUUAAGACAUGAGGUAAGAGAUGAUGGUCAUUGGAAUACAUCAAAUUUGCAGAUACUAGAGUAAGGAAUUGGACGUGUAAAUUGGAGAAUAGAUGAGGAGUGCUUGUCUUGUUGCUGGGUGUGAAGAACACCUUAUUGUAAUUUAAGAACCGAAUGAAAAUAAAAUAUGGAAAUAAUACUCUGCGCUAGUAUGUGAGAGUUGAUUAGCAUAAAAUAAAAUGUGUCAAGAAAAAAACGACAAAAAACAUUCCUCCUCUUGUGUCCUCUAUUUUGGGUGCAUUUGGAGAUUUUAUUAACUUAAUAAACAACUUUGAUAUUUUUUUCUUCAAUACUUCCAUAUUUCUACUCUAUCAAACUAUAUAUGCAACGGGAGAUGUCACUUUUCAAUGAAACACAAGAAAUCAAGACUUAGGUGCUAUUUUCUCUCCUGUGGUGCUAUGAUAUUUUCAAGUUUGUUGUUAUUUUGAAAGUACAGUAAACUGUUGGUGGUGAUGUUAACCUGUCACCAUGACUACCCUGUCUGUCCCUGACCCUCUUAGCCCCUAACCUCUGACACAACAUCUUCGCUACAUUCUUAUUUAUGUCCAGGGGCGUUUUAAUGCAUGCCAGUUUGCUUCAUAUUCAUUCAUAGAUCAAUGCAGUAUUUUAUUUUAUGUAUUUCUCUGCUUCCAAGGCCCACUUAGUAAAAACUAACAGCGUCUAAUCAAACUGCAACUUACUUGGAAUGUGAUAAUAGAAAUAAGAUUGUACUCAGUUGCCGAAUGUGGUGCUAAUUUAUCUAACUUUCUUAGAUGUCUUAAAAAAAAAAAGAAAACGGUAGAAGCGAUGCUGCAAUGCUUGCAUAUCAUGGUUCCAAGACUUGGAGCAAUUUGCGAAUGGAUCUCAGUGAUUGGUGUUAUGUGCAAUGGAUCAUCUUUUUUCACUUCGCCAAGCUUUUUCCUGCUUUCCUUUUUCGGGGUUGGGGGUGAAGGUGACUGGUUUGGAAGGGGUACGGAGUGUCUUCCCCGUUGAGUAUUCCAAAGCACAUGGCCGAGGAACAGUUUGGAGUUUUGGUACCUGAAACCAUUAACUUUCUUACCAAAGGCUUUCUUUUUAUAUUGCUUUAAGUUCCUACAGGGCCAAGAAUCCACUACGUAUUUUGGUAUCCACUAUUUGAAAAUGUGGCAGAAUUGUCAAUGAUGAUUAAAAUCAGAUGAAUCAUGUACAAGUCCAAAAAAUAUAUUAAAAAAGUUGUUUUGAACGAUAUCAGAUAAGCCCGCUUAUAGGUAGAAAAUCCAGAUGCAAAGCUUGUUUUUGUAUUGUUGUUUGGGGUCUUCUGAUUUAACUGUUGGUUUAUUUUCUUUAGCCCUAGUUAUCCCCUUUGUACAAACUAUGCACUCUGCCUGCUUUUGACCACUACAGCAUCUACCACAGACAUUUUUACUGUCCUGCAUAAGUAGCUAGUUUUUUGUUAUGUUUUUAGUUUUUACCUUCUAGAUAUGUGACUUGAACCAUUUAUGUUAAGAUAGCUCAAUACACUUAUUGAUCAUCAGUUUUUAAUGUUCAUUUCGAUGAAGCACGCCAAAUUUAACGUUAGCUCUCAAUAAAAGAACAAAACAUUUUUGUAAAUUUUCAGAACCAGCAGUAAUGCUGCCAAUCAUUUUUUAUUUUUUUUUAUUUUAUUGUUUUACGUUUGUCUGUUUGUUAGUUUUUAUGGUCUUGUCAAACCUGUGUAAGAGAGGAUAGAAGAUAUAUUGGUUUUUAUGUCAAUAAAUUCAAGUUUACUGUG